AUGGUCGCAAGACCACAGCUGCGCCCUUAUCACAACCACAUACCCUUUCGGGGGGCUCGCGAGGACCAUUUCCGCAGCACUACAUUCUCCCCACUUUACACAGCAGAGCACAAACUAUCUUCCGGUGGGAUACGCUGGCAGGCAGCAGCGAAGAUCCUGGCCACAGAACCAUGGCUGAAAACCCACGCCGAGACAAAGCGGCUGGGUCCAGGAUCAUAG